GAUAGUUUAAAUUGAUUGCAGGGUGUUAUGCAAGAUUUAAUCUUUGAAAAAAAGUCAUUAUCGUGUGUAAAUCUUGCAGCGCAUAGAAGCGCGCGCUCUUGUCGUUGACCUGGGGUCGGUCGACAUUUUUGUCAGACGAACCGACGGGUUGAAUUACCUCCCUUGAAAACUCUCACAAACAAUAAUUACAUGUAAACAACACGUUUUUCGUAGUUUAUUGGUGAUUAUUUCCUUCGAACCAGUGGUUUUUGAUUGAAUUUAUUAUAUUAACACAAGUUUUAGUAAGUUGUAAAUAGAUUUUAUCGCAAUAGAAAAUUAAUUAGAAGAUAUGACCAAGUUACACAGAUGACAUAUUUCGGAUAAAACUUUUUCGGAUACCAAAUGGUGCCCUUGUUUUUACAAUAAAUAUAAAUGGUUUUCCAUUCACCCUUGUCUAUAAAUUAGUAAAGAAAUAUACUAGUAGUUUGAUUUGUUGGAACAUUUUAAUAUUUAGGAGAUUUUAUUUCAAGUAAAUCCUAAACAUGCUACUGCCAUGUUCCUAAUUUGCCAUUUGGUAUAUUCUUGGAAUACUAGAUCAGCACACAUUGAACCAACAUCACAGCCUAGAUUGUGUCUGUGUGGAGAAGUGGACGGCCACGAGUGGGCACCAAAUAGCCAGUGUUGUCCCCCAUCACCUUCAGCAAGUUCAGUCUCAGGCUCAGGGCAGACAACAGUUAACAGUUCCCGUCUUAUGACAGAUGAGAUUUCGGCAAACAGCGAUGACUCGCUUUUAAAUGAUUUAAGCAGCAGUGCCCCAACAGCAGACUCCAUUGAUUCCUGGGGAAAAGACAGGCUACCCACAUCCCUGCUGGAUGAAUAUCCUGUUAGUGGAACAACACCUCUCAGUUUGUUAACUAAGAAACUAUCCAUACAAUACACAAUAUACAUUGUAAUGUUUUAACGCUAUUUAAUACUUGUACGAGUUUGAUGCUAUGUAAUUAAUCAAAGGUUCUUAUUUCAGUUCUGAAAAGUAUCUUUCUUUACGUUCAAUAAUAAUCACAUUCUUUAUAUUUUUCUAGUCUUCAUCUGAGUCAGAGU